AUGAACCUCUGUCGCUUCUUCGCACUUCUUUAUUUAACCUGCUUUGUCACUGCAGGACCUUUGGUAGCCCUUGUCGGCACCAUUGCCGGCGCGGUCGGCGGAGAGGCUGCUGCGGCCGGCAUUGCUGGUAGUAGUAUCGCAGCAGCCGUUGGUGUCGGCGCGAGUAGUAUCUGGUACGGAGGCUUUGUCAUAGUCAACGGUGCAUUGUACUACGGGAGUACAGUAGCAGCUGCCGGUGCAGUAGCUGGAGCUGCUGCUGGUGGCGCCGCUGCCGGUCUAGCGGGCCAGAGGGUCGAGGAUGAAAAGUUGAGUAAGUCAGUUAUGUCUUCAAUGUCUUCGGAAUCGGUCGCAUCAGUAGCAUCCGUAGCGUCGGUAAGCUCGGUAGAGCACGCCUCAAAAGCCUCAGAAGAGUCAAAGGCGUUGUCGAUUUCGAAGGCGUCGGUAGCAGCCUCAAGGAAAUCAAACUACGGCAUGAAAGCGUCAUUGCCGGCAUUGGAGAGUCAAUAUGCAACAAUGUCAGCUGGACCAAAAAAGUCUGAAGCCUCCAAAAUCAUAGCAGGCCUCAAAACAGCAGUGGCAUCAAUUUCCUCUUUAUCAGCAAAAGCCUCGAUGGUUAAAGCCUCCUUCGAAGCAUCGAAAGCCUCAGAAGCUGCAAAAUCCUCAUCAGCACCGAAACCGACACAAACAUCGAACGCAUCGAAGCCAGUGAACGGACCUAUUACGAGAUCGCAAGAGUCGCCACCUAAAACCACAGGUCCCGUAGCAAACUCACCAGAUCCACCAUCCCCAGGUAAUCUUCCACCACCUCCAGGUCAACCUGUGUCGAUACUUCCUCCAAGUAAUCGCCCAAAAGAAGUGCCUCCUGGAGUUCCAGAGUAUAACUUCCGUAUGUGUCAAUACGACAUCAUAAGGAUGGGACAGAACAAGCAGAACCUCACCUUCGACAACCCCUCUGGCUACGACCUCAGGAUAGGUAAAAUCCCCCCGACUUGCAUGGUCUUAGCGACUGUAAUGCUUGGAAAUCCGCAGCUGGGUCCGCAUCCGAUUCCUAUGGGUGUAGAUAGCCUUCAGUGGAAUAACAUACAACCGGACACCAUGAACGCGUUACGCAACAGCUUUGGAUUGGGACCCGUUAAACCAUAG